AGGACGGAGGAGGAGGCCGCAACGGCGGCGGCCUCCUCCUCCUCCGUUGUUCGGUGCAAAAUGGCGGUGGGCGCUGCGGGGUUGAGGAGGGCGCUCGGCUCGGCGCUUGGAAAUGGGGGGAAAAAAAAGCAAAGCGAUUCGGUCCCCGCCGUUUCUUGCUAGGAGGGGAUUUAUUUUUUUCUUCAGUUAGAUUUGUUCGUCGGUCGACGUGAGGGCGCGAACGUCGAAUGCUGACGAAGCCGAGGCGCUGGCUCGGCGAUGGAGGGGGGGUUGGGGUGGGGGUGUUUUUGUUGUGUUGGGUUGUUGUGUUGUCGCGCGCGGUGGGUUGUUUGAUGGUGUGGUUGGACGAUGGUGGUCGCUGGUGGUUGUUGGGGGGGCCUCCCACAACACCACCACCACCCCCCCUCCGUGUGUUGUUGUUGCGACGAGGGGCAAGGUGGCCGCGACUAGGCCGCGGGCGUCGACGCGUUACGUAGCGACCUCGCCGCCUGCCUACGACGCGAUUAAUCGUUAACUAUUAUCGUCUUUGCGUCUGCGAGUGAUGUAAACAGCGAGUAUUUAUUGUUUCGGUGAUGACGCCCCGUUGGUUUAUGGCGGGCUUCCCCACGGCCAAGUUUUGGAAAUUCCACGUUACCAUGGCGGAAGCUGGGUCGCGCGAUUGCUGUAAACUUCGUAAAGUGGUGCUCGUUCUUGCGAUCCCCAUCCCCGAAGGAUGAUGAUGGUGAUGAUGAUGUUAGUCGACCCUCGGGGCCCGUGUUGUGAUUGCGCGUUGACCAGAGACGACACUUGGUCGUGUUAAUGAACUCGUAGCCGGAUACCCCUUGAUUUCUGUCGGCUGUAGUGUCACUCUCCACGCGAGGCGAAUUACUCGGUUCACAGAUGUUGGCGGUAUAUUUGUAAAUGUCUUAACGCUAGACUUAAAACGAUGUGUUAUAACUUUAUGCUGCCCUCCGUAUACCUCUAUAAGUGAAACCAAUCAACCCGCGUGCAAUAAUUUUAGUUUUAAGUUACAAGCGUAGAUGUGAGUAGGUUUGUGCCAAAUGUCAUUGUGCGUCCGUCACUCAGUCACAAUAGUCCGUAUGUUAGACUAUCCUGCCGCAAUGAUUAUUACUAGCUGAUUAAUUAGGCAUGGGCUCCGUUACUAUGGUCCUGUUGACAGUGUUAAUUUACUAAGAUUAUACUGAGACAACAACUAUGAUAGGUGGAAUUUAAAAAAACCGAACGGAUUCGCUUGGUAAUGUUUUCAAAACUUGUUUCUACCUUCACACGGUGCGUUUGUGCAAGCGCCUUCGCGUUGAAAAUGCCGCUAAUAAUUAAAUGAGUCGGGUGUUUACGUCUCGUCUGUAAGAGGUUUAAGUUCUGACUGCGUUUCGAAAGCAAGAGUGAAACGCUGUGAUGCACCUGUUUGAUUUAAAGGUGUGAGACGCGCAAGCGGACUGUGCGUGUGCGGGCGGUACUGGCACGUCCGGGUUUAGCUUUGAGACGUUUGCUGUCAAACGAAUGUCGUUUGCAUUUAAUGUUUAAUUGCAGCGUUCUUGCCGUGAUAGGAUGCGAAGUUUUUAACUGUUGCCUGCUAUUAUUUUGAGUCACGGAGUCCUGCUACGUGCUGUCUUGGCGACUGGAUAAGUUGCACCGCUUUAAGAUUAAGAGAUGGGGAGAGAAACCAAAAGCACUGUACAGUUCAGCCCUUUAAUUAAUCCACUGCUGGAUAAAGGCUUCCCCGCGCCGUGUCGAUCAGCGGAGUUUGUGGGUCCAUAUUCCACGACGCUAGCCAGUGUGGCAUCUUGAAGGGGUUGUUUGGAGCAGGACCUCAAGAGAUAUCCCUUGCCACUCAUUGCUACGAUGAGCCGUGGCAGGGAAUCGAACUCGGCUCACAGGAUUCAUCGCGCGCUAACAAUUGCGUCGCGACCCCUCCUUCAAAAUGUAACUCGUCCAAAGCCAUCCCAACAAUGCGUGGCACUGCUGAAACAAGUUCUUGAGACGUCUUCUCCUUCGUCGUCGUCGUAGUAUUAUUUCUCGAGUAAAUAAAUGACUUGUAAUCACUUGGUGCUUUGUUGCCGCUAUGCGUUUUUCGUGCCCGCCGCAAGCACCUGUUGAAUGAGAGAGACAAACGCGGCGGGGACACCUGAUCGCCCUCCUGAAGCCGACAGACUUGGGGGGGGGGGGGGGGGGUUGGUGGUGCCGCCUACCCCCCCGUCGUAUUGUCCGCCGGUUACGCGGUCAUCCCCUCCGUCCUUUUUGACGGCUGUGAAUUUGAGCUCCCCUCGCUUUUAAGCGUUGUGCACAAACACGACUGUUUAUCAUCUGUCGAUUGCCCUUUGCUUAAGCGGGUGAAGAUGCAUUACAUCUCUUGCGCAAAGUCGAAUAUAUGGCAGGAUUUGGUUGACUGUGGUAAUAAAUGGCGUGUAAGUGCAUCGUGUGUUAAUAUCUUUAGCUUUCUUAAUUGGCUUUGUGUUUUUAAUGUUUUUGGUACUUUUUGAAAUGUAAAAGCACUUAUGAAAGGCACGUGGUUUUAUUACUUUUGUACCAUGUCGGCAUAUAGGAGUAUGCGAUGCGCUAAUAAACCUGUAUGAAAAUAGAACUGACUUUGGUGCUAAUAUGCUUAUUGUAUAGAUGUUAUAGGGUUUAGAUCGCGUAAGUUAGCAACACACAUUCGGUUUAAUCUCUUUUGCAUUCAAGCCCCCUUCGUCCACGCGCUUUCCUGUAUUGUUCUCGCAGUUAUCCCCCCCUUUGUAGAGGCGCAUUGCCUUUUUGGGCCCUUCCCCCCUCACCUGCCCAAAUAAAGGACUGGCAUCUAAAAUAAAGUGCGAGUGAUUUGUGCAGAGCACACGUGUGCAGUAACAUGCAGCACUCGAGACGCGAGCAGUGAUUGCACCUCAAAUACAAUAGCAGUUCCAUUCAUUUUACCCAGGGAAACAUCACUGAGUCAUAAGCCUCAUUUUCAGUGUGGUUCUGCAUCCCAAUGCGUCCCAGUGCAGAACCCCGCAUCCCAAUGCGUGUUUUCCAUGUGUACCCAGAGAAAACCCUCCGUUAUCCUCUCCAAAUACUCAAAAGUUCCGCACAGAUUCAAGAUAAUCCUUUGUAAAGUACUCCCAUAUUAUGGAGUAAUGCUUAUUUUACAAAUCUCCCCUACGAGAUACUAAUAAUCGUUAACCUUUUAGACUGCCAUUUGAUGAUUUAAGUUUUUAAAUCUUGUUUUCUUCUCAGCAUGUCGCAUAUCGUUUACAUACACAUGCUAGAAAAUACAUAAUGGUGAAUAUAUACACAUCCCCAUUAAUAGGGUAUUCUUUAAAGUGUAUAUAACACUUCCUUACAGGCUUACACUGUAAUAAUUAUACCAUAUUAUGCAGCAAUGCCAAACAUCACACGCUGAUGAGUGGCCGCUGGAAAUGGUGAUACCCGUUUUGUUUAAUAUUGCAUGAGGUGCGUCUGAAUAAUAUAUGCGCUUAUAAUUUCAAGACCAGGAGCACUAGUGCACACUGCCAGGUGUUGUGCUCGUAAAUUAAGAGGAGGUGGGGGGGGUGGUUAGUUUUGUAAAUCUCAAUUGAGAGGCGAGCAAUAUACUUCGAGGAGUAUGUCCAACAAGUGGCAUUAAAAUACCGCAACGCCGUAUUUGCGUUCAAAGCCUGAGUGUGGGGAGGUAAUUUAGAAUUUAAAAAAAUCUCCCUCCCAAGGUGAUUGGUGGCACAUAAUAGCACUUGCUUCUUAUGCAUGCGUUGCGCGGACCGAGCAUCAGCCCCUCUGGCACAGUGUGAAGAAGAGCGGCGGCGAGUUGCUGGAGAGACCAAGAUGUGAGUGGGCCUAGCAGCAGAAAUGCUAUGGGGGGGGGGGGUGUGCGGCUGAGUGUGGGAUGGCACCAUUCCUUUUUGUUUACGGGUGUUGCCAUGGAGACACACCCCCCCAGUGCUGCCGUGGGAACAGAAAUCCAAACAGGGAAAUUAUUAACACAGGGCCCCAACCACGUGAUUCGCGCACUGGAUGCUUCCAGCGCCUGGUUGCCGUUUCCUAGCAACCAUUGUGUUACUCGACAAUUAAUUUCGAAUUGUCAAGUUGCCGUUGUUAAGUGUGCGAGUCGUCGCUGUGUCUGUGAGGCGUUUUAAUUUGUCGAAUUAUUAAAGCUGAAGAAUUAUACUGUUAAUCUUUUGGGUUUUUUUUAAAUUUCAGGAAUUACAUUUUUCGGCUGUCUCUGUAUCAUAGCAGGGCGAGUCUUCUUUCAGCGACUUUGCAUGUCACAAGCAUGAGGUUUAAGUGAAUACAGCUGCUCCAUUGUUUUUAAGCUAUAGAAAGUUGGUUGCUAGGCAGCGGUUGCCUAGCGAGCAUUUAAUUGGCAAAUCCCCCCUCUUGCACUUGGAAUUGGAAAGUAAUAGAAUGGAGGCUUGACCAAAAGCCAAGCUUUUAUACAAAAGCCGCAGCUGGAAACACUCGGCAACAAGCCUCUGUGUAUGCCGAUUGUGCUCCUUUCUUCUCAUUUAAUUAGCUAGCGCGGCACUCGUCGCAUUAAAUCUCUGCAGUGGAACGGGGCCCGGGUUUCCUUCAAUGAAGAAACUAAUUUGAAGCGUUAUCAUAAUGUCCGCGGAAUUUUUCUUAAAAGCCACGGGUCCAAUCAAAAAAGUGAGGCGUAAUGCGGUUGGCCUCUGGCAAACUUUUGUUUGAGGCAUUACGGCGACCUGCGGCGGGCUUCAGAGGCGGUCACGCCGUCCUUGCGACACAAGAAGCUACAUUUGUGUUUUUCGAUUAAUAGAACGUGGAUUACUUGCAUAUUUUGAGCGGCUGAUAUUACCCAAUGGUUUUUGCCACCGAAUGCAUGCCAUCAGUGGAUGUGUUGAUUUUACACAGUAUGCUGUUAUAAUUAUUGCCAUAUUUUAGACGUGUACCAUAUUAAUAAGCAAAUGGUAUGGCAUAAUGCAAAAUUAGCUUUGCUUUUUAAAGUCAUACCUAUAUAUACAAUUUUGAUUUAAAGCUUUUGUGACUUCAGGGAUUCACAUUCUUUACCGAAAGAACCAAGACUAUGAAUCCCUUCUACGUGACUUUACCGAAAGAACCAAAAAUAUAUAUACAAUGUUAACUGCCAAUAUUUUGUUUUAUUUCAAGGAAUUAUAUGAGUUAGUAAUUACAUUGUGAUGAUUUAUGAAAUGACAAUAUGGCCAUGUGAUGUCUUCUGGUUUAUUCAGUAAUAAAAUAUUACCAGGAUUAUGAAUGUUUUUUUGCUCUACCCUGAAUACCAUCUACUUUAGCUCAUAUUUAGGUUCUAACAAGGUAAAUUAGCUGUUGCAUAACAUGCAUUACAUUAAGAGCCAGCUCUCCUUUUUGAUGGUAUUAUUAGGCCUUAUGUGUAUACUCAAUGCAAAGAAAUGUAAUUUUCUUUUGCACAUUUUUUUGCUCAACAUUAUUUCCACAAUGCAUACAUAUGGGACUUAUUUAGGUCUAAACAGAUUUUUGCACAUACAGCCCUUGUCAGUCCGCUCCUGGAUGACUGUCCUCCCUGCUGUAAUUAAUUUUACACCAUGCUGGUAACGGGGGUUAUUUGACCAUUCUUCACCACACAAGUCAGUGCAAGUUUUUUGAAGUUCUGGAGCAUAGUUGCACUGCCUUGUCCUGACAACAUAACCAGACAACAGCCUGUUUCAGAAAUGAUAGUGAUCCAUCCCAAGCAGUAUUUCCCGGCUCAACCCUACAAACCUUUCGAAAUUUGAUGAUGAUUUUGUCAUAAGCCAUGUACAAUUAUCAUUGCAUUAAAUAGUGUUACUUGCAUACGGCUUUUUAAGUGUAACUAUUCCCUCCACAAGUUAAUCUGAAGUGAGACGUGUGAUUCACACACUUGGUAUUUAUGGUGAAAAAACAAUAUUUACGAGUUUAAAUGAAUGUGUACCGAAUUUAUUUUCAUCUACUAAUGAUGCACCUUAAAAGCAUGUAAAUUACAUGAUUUGUCACUUGACAUUUCACUAGCAGAAUGUGCUGAAUAGAAAAAAUAAUGGCACAUCUGCACUGUCAAGAGUUGACUUGUCCUGAAUCUAUCACGAACACUGUUGUUUGUGGUUUCUCUGGGCCCCUUGAAAUAUGUAAUGAGUCUUGUUAAUAGAUAAAAAAAAUUAUAAACGUGGAACUGUACCCACAGUAAUGCAUACAUUUGUUUGGCCACUUUUUUAUAACCAGCUAAAAAAACAGCAGAUGCAUGACAAAAAAAUCUAAACAUUGUGCUUAUGCCAAGCCAGUUUUUUUUUAUUUGUAGCAUCCAAAUGUCCAUUUCGUUACAUCGCUAAAUAGUGCUUGGAAAAUCUAUGAUGAAUGUUGCAGAUUGCACAAGUGCAUGGAAUGGUUUAUCUGUCGUUCCACACCGCACUCAAAGGAGACAAAAGGAAGACGCCUCUUCAAACGGGGUGGGGGGUGGGCUUACAUUUUUCUCGAGAAAUUUAGCAAGAACAAUGCAGUAUAAAGCCUGAAUAGAACUCUUGGCUGUUUGGUAUUUAUACUGAUUAGCACAGAUUAGGUAAAUUGGCUUCCAGGAGCAGCGCGGCUCAGCGAGUCGUGUUAAAUCCUGUUUAAAAUGCCAUCUGCUGUAAUUAAUUUUCAUAAUGCUGUGGUGUGAUUUUGGUUCACCAUGGCUUAAGCUUUCUUGGUAAAAGCAUCUACGUCCAUUUGUUGUGCUCUAGAUGAGAUGUGCGUGUGGGUUGGGAGUAGCUGCUGCUUAAUGUGCCGUACCAUCCCAUAUUAAACCCAGUGAAACCUUAAUGGCACAAUACAAUGCAUAUUGGUGAACUAAUAGGCUGUAUGUGAAUGGGGAGAGACAUGAUUUGUAGGGUUUUUUUUAUUUUAGCAGGUAAGGCCUACUGGGCUUAAUCUCUUUUUCAGAAGCGACCUGAUCACAAACUAUAGCUCUACUGAGUGGCUUAUCACGUGGAAAUUUAUAGCAAGCAAAUACUAUAAAGUAAUGUUUCUAAGUGUAGAGGGAAUAACCGGACGACACGGAGAAAAAUCCACGCGACCACGGGGGGAGAACAUGCAAACUCUAAAUAUACAGGUGUUAGGGUCGGGAUCGAACCCAUGGCCUCCUGUAUACCAGGCCAGGUAGUUCACAUAUCGCCACCGUGGCGAGUUGAACAGGUCAGGGAAAUAAGUAAAACUCUGCUGUAGUAAAGUAAUAUUUUGCAAAGUGAAAAAUCAGAAGACAGUGUCCACAGCCAAGGAAAUUGAGUUACAGACAUUUAGAGCAGUAUUGGGAGAAGGGGUCGGCUCCCAUUGAGUGAUUGUUGUUUAUAAAAAGCCUUAAUUUGUUGGGAACAGUGAGCAAAUAGCUAUGGUUUACUUGAUAUAAUUGGCAUAAAAAUAUGGCAAUUAACACAUGUUGAAUAUCAUUAUCCGUAAUACCAAUUGUCUUACUGUCAUGCAUUUGUGAAUCUCAGUUGUAUGAUAAUAAUGUGUAUGAAUCCGGGAAAGCAUUGGAGUUACGUGUAAUAUAUUUUGUUAAUAUGAAUAUAAAACCUUAUGGAAUGGCAGUAUGUACCUGCACAACAGAAUAAUUGUGCGUGAUGCCACAUUGCUUACAAUAUUCAAAUUCUAACAUCUGGUAUUUUGUCCUAAGCACAAGGCACGGACAUUCGUGCAAUUUUAUACAUUUUUAGUACAUUUCUUAGACUUGACACACGCAAAUCUAAAUAAUGAACACCAUUAAUGUGUUAUCAAUACGCUACACAGCUAACUGAAUUAUUAAACAACGCUUUGUAAGUAAAUUUAGUUAAAUGUUGUGCUGGUUAACGCUCUCAAAAGGCUCCCCCCUUGUAGCGGCGUAAACGCCGCCCUUGGUAAAAGCCACACAAAAUUCCCAGGUGAGAGGGGUGGUGUUUUUUUUCCGUGACGAGCUUUCGACAGGGCUGCCACACACCGCCUUACGGGAUCACUCGCAAAAAAAAAACGAGAGAGAGGCAGCGGGCGCGGACAGCCUCUCAGCCACUUACCCACAAUCCCCAGGGGGCCUAUCUAGCAGGCGGUAAUUACGGCGCUGCCGUCUGCACAGAAUUUGUGGUUCUUAAUUUCACCGCAGAUGUAGAGGCACGAAGAGCGGGCACCUGGCUCGCGUUUUUAUUUUUUAUUUUAAAAAAAGCACAUCUUUAAACGAUAUCGCUGCCCGCGACGUCGCGCCAUGGAACUUGAUAAGUGCGAUUACGCUGACGGCGACGGAGCUGAAUACAACCCUUUCCCCCGGCAUCCUGUCGUGAUGGCGACGCAGACGUAUGUGACCGAGCUGACGGUGUCCCAGCCGGCGCAGCAGCAGCAGCCCCAGCAGCAGUACGUCCAUGUCAUCGUGUCCGAGAGCGGCAUGCAGGCGACUGCCUCCACCUCGGACUCGGCGCGCUCUGUGCCGCUGCAGGUGUCCUCAGCUGGGCAGCCCCCAGGGGCUGCACAGGGCGUCCAGCAGGGCCAGCAGCAGCAACAGCAGAGGCUGGUGGUGCAGACGUCCACACCUCCCCAGAAGUCUACGCAGCCCCAGAGGGUGCAGGUCCCGCAGCAGGUGCAGGUGCAGCAUGUGUACCCCAGCCAUGUGCAGUACGUGGACGGCAGUGACCCGGUGUACACCAAUGGGGCCGUGGACAGUAAAGGCGAUUUGCUUUGCUUGUGGGCGAGCAGGCGAGCAGCAUCCUACCCUUACAGUGAGGCCCAGCUGUACGGCCAGGGAGAGGGCCCUGUCUACUACGACUCACAGGGCCGUGUCACGACGCAGCUGGGCACCGUGGUCUCAUCACAUGGCCUCAUGAGCACAGGCGGCAGUGGCGGCGGCAGUGAGAUGGGAGCAAUGGGGGUCGGCGGUGGGCAGGUGCUCACCGAGGCCGGGGGUGCGUACCUCAUCCAGACGAUGGACGGCUCUGGGCAGUCGCUGAGCCAGGCCACACGCGCCUCGCCUGCCACGAUUGAGUUGACGUUUGAGACCCUGCAAAGCUCUGAGGGUUUCCCGAAUCAGCAAAGUUCUCUGCUAAACCACCAUGUGCAGUGGCUGAUCGACAACUACGAGACGGCGGAGGGGGUGAGCCUUCCGCGCUGCACCCUCUACAACCACUACCUGCGUCACUGCCAGGAGCAGAAGCUGGACCCCGUGAACGCAGCGUCCUUUGGCAAGCUCAUCCGCUCCGUGUUCCUCGGCCUCCGCACGCGGCGCCUCGGCACCAGAGGUAACUCGAAGUACCACUAUUAUGGCAUCCGCAUCAAGGCAUCAUCCCCGCUCAACCGCAUGCAAGAUGACCACCAGCACGCGGCCCUGAGGCAGCAGCCGCUCAUCCAGAAGCAGCGUUUCAAGCCAACAGCAAAGGCGGACGGAGUGGGCGAGGCGCAGGGCGUGGGGCCGCAUGGUUCGGCUGAGCAGGCUCUCGUCGCUCAAACCCAGCAGCACCAGCAGUUCCUAGAUGCGUCACGGGCACUGCCGGCGUUUGCAGAGGUGGAGUGGGGGGACAUCACCUUCCCGCCGGGUGUCUCCAUUGAGCACGUGCGCACGCUGCAGACGCUCUACCGCGAGCACUGCGAGGCCAUCUUGGACAUCGUGGUGAACCUGCAGUUUGGGUUGAUUGAGACCAUAUGGCAGACUUUCUGGAGGUACAGCCCUCCGGAUGAUGAUGAUACUAGCAUGGACGUACAGCACAGGGAGAAUGGCUACGAGAAGCGCCUCCCAAAAGGGGCGCUGGCGACACUGUGCCGGUGGGAGCCGGUCAUGAAGUGGAUGCGGAGCUGUGACUACCUGCUGUACCAGGCACUGGUGGAGGUGCUCAUCCCAGACGUGCUACGGCCCAUCCCCAGUGCCUUGACACAAGCAAUCCGGAAUUUUGCCAAGAGCCUGGAGGGCUGGCUGGCUACGGCCCUGAGUGGGCUACCCCAGGAAGUCAUACACGCCAAGGUGGCGGCGGUGAGUGCCUUCGCUCAGACACUGCGGCGCUACACGUCGCUGAACCACCUGGCGCAAGCAGCACGGGCUGUUCUGCAGAACACUUCGCAGAUCAACCAGAUGCUCAACGACCUCAAUCGUGUCGACUUUGCCAACGUGCAGGAGCAAGCGUCGUGGGUGUGCCAGUGCGAGGAGGGCGUGGUAACGCGACUGGAGCAGGACUUCAAGGUGACACUGCAGCAGCAAAACUCACUGGAGCAGUGGGCUGUGUGGCUGGACGAGGUGGUCACCACCGUGCUCAAACCACACGAGGGCAGCGCCAGCUAUGCCAAGGCCGCGCGCCAGUUCCUGCUGAAGUGGUCCUUCUACAGUUCGAUGGUGAUCCGAGACUUGACCCUGCGCAGCGCGGCGAGCUUUGGCUCCUUCCACCUCAUCCGCCUGCUCUACGACGAGUACAUGUUCUACCUGGUGGAGCAGCGGGUGGCACGGGCGCGCGGGGAGACGCCCAUCGCCGUCAUGGGCGAGUUUGCUGACCUGGGAUCAGGAUUCUUGUCCUUGAAUGGGAUAAAAGACCGAGAGGCCAGCCAGAGGGACUCGUGGGACGAGGUGUCGGUGGAGUCGGGUGAACCGGCACCCAAACUGACUCGCACGGAGCUUAAGUAGGAGAUGGAAAAAAAGAGCGAGAGAAAGAGGCAGGGGAAAGGUGCGGACAAAGACGGCGGCUCGGAGGACGAGAGUUUAUCCAGCGUGGCUGCGACCCAACGCUACGUUGUUGUGUGUCUGUGGAAAGGGGCAGUGGGUUGAAUUUGCCCGCUGCAGCUCCUGUUGCUGGUGGUGUACAAAACCUAAGACUGCGGCGAAAUUCUUUGUGGCAUAAGUAGUGUGGGCUGAUGACUGCUGAACGUGUACAGUGCUGAAUAUUGCAGAUGUUUAUUUCGCUUGCUCUUCAUUUUUUAUUCAUUUAUUUUUUAACACAGCCUCUUUGUUAUCAACAUAUUUUUAAAAAGAUAUUUAAUUCUAUUGAAGGCUGGCGUCCUUGUAACUCAAUUGUUAAGAGAUCCAUGUAAAUGUUUGAAGUGUGAGUUUGUGCAGAGUGAGCGAUCCGGAGCCGAGGGUGGUGGUAAAUGUUGUGGAUGAUGUAGACGGCAGAAUGUCUGCAGAAAUAGCAAGUGCAUCAACAGACACGCACCAUUCGCCACUUCAUCCCUAAUUAAGUUGGUUUUUAAAACUUAUGAAUGGUGACAGUCACUGUGUUUCCCCUUACAAUAUUACAAACACAUGGUAAUUUUGUACAGAUUUAACUGUGGGUGAAUUGCAGUUUUGAGUCAAUUAUAUUUUGAUGUGGCGUUGUCAGUUUAAUUAACCGUGUAAAUGCGAACGUGUCCUUUGUCUCAUUAUUCUUUUGACUGGUGCCUGUAAAGCAGCAUCGGCCGCCCCGGUGAAUGCUCGCUACAUUUGCUUAUGCAACACUUGUGUGCCAACGUGGACAGCUCGUAUAAAUCCUCGUUUCCCUUUCACAAAGACGCGAUGGGCACGUUUGCCGUCUCCGAGCGACCGACGUAUCGACAAGAUUCUUGGGACGCUCUAUCGCAUCGAACACGCUCCGAUCGGCAGCACAAAAUGGACACAGUUGUAAGAGCCGAUCGAUCGACACACGACACAUUGGGCCUCUUAAGUUGCAUUUGGGACGUCCUUCAUCCUUCACAGCCGCCCCAUUAGACUGCUUGCUGGAGAGUGUGCUCACUAUGGUAGCAGUGUGAGGAAUAGGUUGCGUGGCAGAACCGCCCAUCCCGAGCAGGCUUCUGUCCAGGUACAUGCCUGGAUUCUCAAGGCCACUGAUUAUACUUUAGCCACCAUGGUCUUAGCCUUGUCAAAGCUGUCAAUCUGGCCACACAGCAGGGAGGUGUUGAUGCUGUCUGGUCAGUCUGGUGUUUGUGGUGAAAAGGUGGGUGUUUUGUGUACGUGUAAGCUCGUGCUCGGCGACACAUCACGUGCACAUUACAAUUUGACAUUUAGCUUGACAAAUUGUACCUUGCCCUGACACGCUAUAAAUAUCAGACUGGUUUGGCAUCUUUGCAAUUGAGCCACUUUGAAAGCUACCACGGAAGUUAUUGAUCUUGGAGUGGAAAAUAAACGUUUAAAUGCUGCCUUUGUUUCAUGCAGUGGGGGGGGGGGGGGAAUAAAAAAACAGCCAGAACUUGCAUCACUCCGUUUGUGUCAGUUUAUUGAGACUAAAUCAUUAAAUGAUAAACGCCAAGAUGCCGUACCAGUAGAGACCAAUAGGUGUGAUGGAAGAAACACUCGUAAUCCUGCACUGUGCAUUUACAGCAUCCUCAUUCAUAGCCACCAGACGACAAAAGGCAGAUGUGGCUUUUAAUAUAUAUCAAAACUGUUAAGCACACUUGGCUACUCUAUAGUUUAACCAUUAUUAGGUGUAAUACUAAUUUUAAUCCUUUAUCAAGGAAGGCCUCAUUAAGUCUCAAGGUAUUUUUGGGCAGUCCUAUAUUGGCAAG